GGAAGAGGUUUGGAGCGCAGCUUUCAAACGCGGCAACAAGCAGAUGUUUCAGUUUCCAACCUGAAGAACAGGUUCUGCAGAUAUAAAAGCAGCUAAGUGUCUGUUCAAGAUUGUUACCGCCCUCUGACUCUUUCUGCCUCCUCCCACUUUGAACUUGUUGCCCUGGAGCCGAACUGUUUGAAUAAGGGCUGUAAAAGCUGCUUUGUGAUCAGUUAGCUGAGAGCCCUCAACAUGUAAAGCGCGCAAGGAGGAGCCUUCUCUCUCUGCUUUUGCAGUUCCCUCCCCUCCACUUUUUUUUUGUCAUGCUCAUGGAAGUUCCGAUGUAACAUGGAAAGAAGUUGGGACAGGUUGACUGCACAGUCCAGAGAGGAGAGACAAAGGUUUGUGGCAUGCUAGAGAUCCUGGAAAGAUUGCCUGCUGAACUCGUGUCAUGCUGGGAAGGACCAUCGCAUCCAUUCUACCAGGGCUGAGCUCAGUUCUCAUUCUCUGUCUGCACUGACACUGUAUUUUUCACUCUUCAACAUGUGGAAUACGUGUCUGCAGAGUUAAACCAGGACAAUCUCCUGAAAAUGGAAUUCCACAGAAGGCACAUGCUGUGAUUUCUUGAAUAAGCCAACAGCAUCCUCUAAAUUUUUUUUUUUUUUUUUUUUGCGGAUUUUUAUUACUCAACUGAAAGAGCAAGCAGUGUUGCUAGAUUGCUCUGAAAGCUAGAGAUGGCUCUGCCUUCUCCAAAAUCUGUGGCAGGAGAUCUAACACAAAGAGAAGAACUCAUGCUCCAUAAUGAAAGCUGUUUUCAUUUCCUCUCUACAAACGUCAUCACAGUAGUGGAAAGAUGUAUGAGCUCCAUGCAGGCUGGUACCCAAAUGAUCAAACUCCGUGGUGGUUCCAAAGGGUUGGUCCGCUUCUAUUACCUGGAUGAGCACAAGUCAUGCAUUCGCUGGAGACCCUCCCGAAAGAAUGAGAGAGCCAAAAUUUCCAUCGACUCUAUUCAAGAAGUUUGUGAGGGGAAGCAAUCGGAGAUCUUUCAGCGCUAUGCUGAUGGCAGUUUUGAUCCUAACUGCUGCUUCAGCAUCUACUAUGGAGAUCAUAUGGAAUCCCUUGACCUGGUGUCUUCCAGUGGAGAUGAAGCACGUACUUGGAUCACAGGGCUAAAAUACCUGAUGGCAGGGAUCAGUGAUGAAGACAGCCUCUCAAAACGCCAAAGAACCAGAGACCAGUGGUUGAAGCAGACAUUUGAUGAAGCAGAUAAAAAUGGUGAUGGCUGUCUGAGUAUUAAUGAAGUGCUCCAACUAAUGCACAAACUGAAUGUCAACCUACCCCGACAAAAAGUCAAGCAAAUGUUCAAGGAGGCUGAUACAGAUGAUAACCAGGGCACGCUAGGCUUUGAUGAGUUCUGCACCUUCUACAAGAUGAUGUCAACACGACGUGAUUUGUACUUGCUAAUGCUCACCUACAGCAACCACAAGGACUUCCUGGAUACAGAUGACCUGAGACGCUUUCUGGAGAAUGAACAAAAGAUGACAGAUGUGACCAGAGAACACUGCCUGGAAAUUAUCGACAAGUUUGAACCAUGCCUGGAAAACAAGAAGGCAGGAGCUCUGGGGAUUGAUGGUUUCACCAAUUACAUGCGGAGUCCCUCAGGAGACAUUUUCAACCCAGAACACUACCAAGUGAAUCAGGACAUGAGUUACCCUUUGAGUCACUAUUUCAUUACCUCUUCACAUAAUACCUACCUCAUGGGAGAUCAGCUGAUGUCCCAGUCUAGGGUGGACAUGUAUGCAUGGGUGCUACAGUCUGGCUGUCGCUGUGUUGAAGUUGACUGCUGGGAUGGGCCGGAUGGUGAACCAAUUGUCCACCAUGGAUACACUUUGACUUCCAAAAUUCUCUUCAAAGAUGUGAUUGAAACUAUCAACAAAUACGCCUUUAUCAAGAAUGAGUACCCUGUUAUCUUGUCAAUUGAGAACCAUUGCAGUGUAAUUCAGCAGAAGAAGAUGGCCCAAUAUCUUACAGAAAUUCUGGGUGACAAAUUGGAUCUGUCUUCUGUGCACAAUGAUGACUCCACCAGGCUCCCUUCACCAGCAAGUCUUAAAGGGAAGAUACUGGUUAAGGGGAAGAAACUUCCAGCCAACAUUAGUGAUGAUGCAGAGGAGGGUGAAGUUUCUGAUGAGGACAGUGCUGAUGAGAUUGAUGAUGACUGUAAAAUAAUGAAUGGAGAUGCAUCUACAAAUAGGAAGAGAGUGGAGAACAUAGCAAAGAAAAAACUUGACUCACUGAUAAAAGAAUCCAAAAUCCGUGACUGUGAAGAUCCAAACAAUUUUACAGUUGCCACUCUGCCAUCAUCUGGGAAGACUGGUCAGAAAUCAGACAGUAAGAAGAAUAAACUUGAGGAUGAUGUGGAAUCUGGGGAAGACUUCAGUACCAAUAAAAGGCACAGCCGGACAUUGAUGGGCAGCUUUUCUAAACGCAAGAAAAAAGGAAGCAAAUUGAAAAAAUCAACCAGUCUGGAAGAAGGUGAAGAUGAUGCUGAUUCUCAAGGAAAUGUAGCCAGAGGCUCUGUACAUUACACCAGGAUAAACCGGCAGAAGAAAACAAUGAAGUUGUCCAGGGCACUCUCAGACCUGGUGAAAUAUACAAAGUCUGUUGGCAUCCAUGAUGUUGAAGCUGAAAUCUCUUCCAGCUGGCAGGUUUCAUCUUUCAGUGAAACAAAAGCCCACCAGAUACUGCAGCAAAAGCCAGCACAGUAUCUACGUUUCAACCAACAUCAGUUAUCCCGCAUCUACCCAUCUUCCUACCGCGUAGACUCCAGCAACUACAAUCCCCAGCCAUUCUGGAAUGCGGGCUGCCAACUCGUGGCUUUAAACUACCAGUCAGAGGGGAGAAUGCUGCAACUGAACCGGGCCAAAUUUAGUGCCAAUGGGAAUUGUGGCUAUGUCCUCAAACCAGACUGCAUGUGUCAAGGCAUCUUUAAUCCAAAUUCUGAAGAUCCCCUGCCUGGUCAGUUGAAGAAACAGCUGGUUCUAAGAAUUAUCAGUGGUCAACAGCUCCCAAAACCACGGGAUUCCAUGUUGGGAGACAGAGGAGAGAUCAUAGAUCCAUUUGUUGAAGUAGAAGUUAUAGGCCUACCUGUUGAUUGCUUCAAAGAACAAACUAGAGUAGUUGAUGAUAAUGGAUUUAACCCAAUGUGGGAAGAAACAUUGGUGUUCACUCUGCACAUGCCAGAGAUCGCCUUGAUUCGGUUCCUUGUGUGGGACCAUGAUCCAAUUGGGCGGGAUUUUAUUGGACAAAGAACAAUAGCUUUCAGCAGUAUGAUGCCAGGUUACCGACAUGUAUACCUAGAAGGUAUAGAAGAGGCAUCCAUCUUUGUUCAUGUGGCUAUUAAUGACAUCUGUGGUAAGGUCAAACAAGCUCUGGGCCUAAAAGGCCUAUUUCUCAGAAAUCCAAAGCAGGCCUCCCUGGACAGUCAUGCUGCUGGUCAGCUCCAUCGCAAACAUUCCUUUAGCAGCCACAUCUUGAGACGGACAGCAAGUGCACCCACCAAAAGCCAGAAGAAGAAGAAGGGCUUUCCUGAAAUUGUUUUUGACACAAAAGACAACAGCUCUGAAGGGGCCAGUGAAGACCACGAAGCAGAAGCUGCCUCACAGCCUUGCUUUGCGCAAGAGUCAGAAAGUGCUUCUCUGUCACCAGCUCCCAGGGAUGGUGCCAGUGGGGAGGUACAAGGCAAAGGGUUGAAAGAUGUCUGCCAUUUCUCGAUGCAGAGGUCAGUCACUUCUUUAUGCAGCCUAGAAACCAUCACUGAAGAGCCUGUUAUUGCAAAUGAAAGCCAUCAUGCCAGCCUCUUCUUUCCUCUACCCAUUACUCCUUACAGUGAUUCUGAAGAAGGAUCUGUGUCUGAUCAUUCCAGUGAAUCUCAAACAAAAGGGAGCAACCCAUCGAACCGGCCUCCAGAACCUCUGCUCACUAGAGAACAAAGACCAAAUUUGGCUGCAGAAGACCAGAUGCAGACAGCCACAAAAGCAGCUGACAUCAAUGCAUUAGUCCAAGAUGAUGAGAGGAUAAGCAUGGCAGGACUUCUCAAAGAAGAAAAUGGUUGGACACAGGCAUGCAGUGAAGCUGAAGAUCAAGUUAAUUUGGCAGCGCAUCCUCAGAAAGCCUGGCUGGUGGUGGCAGAAGCUCAGAGUGCUGGCCAGCCUGUUGAAAACUGCCAGAAGCAGAAAGACCAAACAGGGCAGGUAUUGAAAGACUUGAAAACCGCUGCUGUAUUGAAAAGCCAAAAGCCUGGUGCAGCAGCUGUCCUGCAGCAAAACAAUGUGAUUAAUGGCUCACAUCCAAAUUUGUCUCCAGAUAUUUUCCAGAAAGCCCAGGCUUCACAGGCUCUACCUGUUUCUCAGACGAGCUCUUACAUGUUAAUAAGGAAGUCAAAGAGUGAAGGGCUGAAAAAGUCAGACUCCUCAGCUUUAGUAAAAAAUCCAAGUAGCCUAUCUCCAGCAGCAGAGGUAUACUUUGAUGCUACUGUUAAUGACCGGAUCUGGAGCAAGCUAGAUUGCAGCAAUCAUCGUGACAGCAUGUCUUCCUCUUCCAGCAUGUCCUCCAAUGACACUGUGAUAGAUCUCUCUCUACCUAAUCUAGCUCGCAAAAGCCUUCCAGAUCUUGGCAUCCGGCAUGAGAACUUUGAGCCCCUUACCAUGAGAAGGGGUAUUCGCCCACGGUCUGCUACAACGUCAGGUAAUGAAAUGCCAAUAGUGAGCAAGAGUAAAUCCAAUCCUAACCUGAGGUCUGACCAGCUGCCAGCGGAUGAAUUAUGCCCCCGUCCUCUUGCAAGGAGUCCUCAGGAUGCAUUCUCAUCCAUUCCUAGGAGACAUACCUGGAGCAGGCUGUACAUAGAAAGUCUCAGGCAAUCUUCUAACAAAUCCAAAGCACAGGAUAAGGUUGGGAAUAACCAGGUGAAAUCCAAGAGUCUUGGAGACCUUACCUCUGAUGACAUUGUGUGCACUUUUGAAAGCAAAUAUCGUAGCAUCAGCAGGAGUUUUGUCACUCGAUCAAUGCGUGAGCAGCGCCGCUCUGCAGGCCUGAGAACCUCUGUCAGACCCCAGGAUGAAUUGACUGAGCAGCUGAAGAAGCUAACAGCCUUUCAGCAGGAAAAUGAUAUCACUUCCCCCAUCAGUCUUGAUCCAACCGAAUCUGAAGAGGAAGCGGAGAGCUUAGGACUCCUUCGCAGGUCAUCAUCUCGCAGUCAGAGCAGGGUGCGGUACAUUGCCAACAGGGCCAAGCAAGCUCAGGAGAGACAGCGACUGCAAAGCCUGGGCCAGCUCAGUGGGAGUCCCAUUGAAGAGAGAGGAAAUCCAGAGGGAGCCUGCAGCGUUGCAAAAGCAGUCUGUAUGGAUAUAGCUUCUCCUGCUGUGUUUACAUCCCAGCCUAAGAACCAAACUGAUUAUAAUACUGACACAGAAGUCUUCUUUAUGCUGAAACUGUAAUUCUAGAGGGCACUGAGUAAGGUGAUGUUUACAUUCAAGACAAAACAUAGUGACCUGAGAGGCACAAAAUAUCCUUGUAUGGCUUAGUGCUUCCUGGCCUUCCCUAGAUGGCAAAGGCACUUAAGAUCCUGACUCCAAAAGAAUAGAUGAGUGUUCGACUUGUCACCCGUCUGUGGAAUUCGAUCAACCAAGUGAAAUCAGAGACAUAUUUUUACAGUCUUAAUGACCUGACCUCCUUUUUUUAUUACGUUUUUUCCAGCCUCAAAUCUGGCCUCCUUUGUGGUGUGACCACUUCUUUGCACUUGCAACUUGCUCUGUGCAAAACUUUUGCUCCUUAUUACUUUCAUUAAUUGCUUUGUCUAGCAGUUAAACAUCAGUGAUGCUAGCAACAGCUAAUGUUACUCUUAUGAAUUAUGUAUCUGUGAAAGGAGGCUGGAUUUGAAAUCACAUAGCUUGUUUUGGUAUUCUCAUGAAGAGCUGGAGGCAUCUGGGAAACGGUCAAAAUUGCAGUGGAAUUCUUUCCUUAAUUAAUAAUAUAGUAGAUAAAGUCUUAUUUCAAUGAAAAUCCGUAUUGUCGCACUCUUUGAAGAAAGAAAAUCUGUUGCCAUGUUCCAAAGGAAUGCUUUUUUUUUUUUUAAACCAAACUUGUUUUUAUAUAUAUAUAUAUAAAAGUAUAUAUGUAUGCCUCUGUGUGUAUGCAGGUGUGUGUCUGCUUGUAUGUGUACACAUGCACACACUUAGACUGAACUGUGACUGUUUCUUGUCUCAAAACAUCAUCUGUGGGAAUGAGAUGAGAAGGGAGAAUUAGUCAAAAAAGGCAGGAAACAUCUUCUGACACUGAUUCAGAAAUGACUAAAAAGCACACUGAUCUUUUCUUGAAAACAGAACCAUCCCUUCUUUAUGGUAUUUUAACAAUGCUGCUGUACAUAGCACUUUUUUGGAUGAAUUUUACUACUUCUGUAUUGCACUGCCAUGCAAAAUUUUCAAUGAUAUGUUUUAAAAUAUAUAUAUUUAAUUUUUUUAGAUGAACAUAUUUAGAGUUAUAUAGCAAGCUAAACAGAAUAACCAUUUCUCCUCCCCAUUUUUUAAAAUGUUUUUUUUUUCCUCCAUCCCAUCUCCCCCCUCCAAAGUCAUUUAUUAUAGAUGUAUUUUAUCAGUGAUGGAGAAGAUUGUUUACUGAGAUGCAUUUUAAAGAGAAACAGAGGUUUAAUUUUAUUUUCAAGCUGCAUAGGGUCCCUAUUAUUGAGAAAAUAUUUUGCUUUUGUUUGUAAUGAUUCUUCUGUGUAUAUUGCAAAAUCUAAAAAUUUGUUUGUAAGA